GGGAAAUACACAACAACACAGCCUAACUUUUCAAAGAAACACGAAGAACUCUCCUUGUAAAGAGGAAGGAAUAUGCCGAUUAGGCAGAACGCGUGACAUGACGCGUUAGUUUGCGUCAUUCGUAUCAAUGACAUCAUCAAUGACGCUGCAGUGAGAGUGAGAGUCAUGAGAGUGUCAUGUCAUGCUGAGUGGGAGGCUGGCCCCUCACUUGAUCUGCAUGGAACUUCGACAUAAAUAUGGCUUCUUCUCACUCUCAUCACCAGGGCAGCUGAGAGCUUGCGGCGGUUUCCUCUACCCUGUCUGCUAAAAGAAAAAAAAAAGGAAAAAAAAGAGGAAACCCCACAACGUGGUCAGAAAAAGCGAAUUCAGAAUGCUCCUGUGGCGGAGACAAGCGGCCAAGCCUUCAUUGUCGGCCUGUCUCCCGAGUGGAAGAUGAAUAUCGAGUAUGUUGAAGUGGAAGGGUCAAGUCACUCCUCCAUCUUGCAGUUGGUGGAGGUCUCUGGCUCGGCAUCGGAGGGGACCUUCAGGUCCGAGGCGGACGCUUUGCGUCGUCAACGCAAGGACUUUACCGAGAAGGCCCUUGACAUCUUGAAUGACCUGCGGGGCAGCGGGGAGCUGUGCGACGCCAUCCUCAGGGUGGAUAACUGUUCUUUCGUCGUGCAUCGCAACAUCCUGUCUGCGUCCAGCAGCUACUUCAAGGCCCUGUUUACCAACAAAGCUUUCCAAACUCACGAACCGCCACAGCUGCAGGAAGUCCAGCUGUCCGAUGUGUCUUCUGACAUCGUGGCCCACCUCAUCGACUUCGCAUACAGCCGCCAGGUUCUCAUCACAUCCGACAAUGUGGAGUCCCUUCUGCUCGCUGCCGACAGGUUCCUGAUGGCACCGUUGGUAAAGUCAUGCUGCGAGUUUCUCAAGCGACAGUUGGCGCCGGAGAACUGCCUGGGCAUUGCAGUCUUUGCUCGCACUUACUUCUGGUCUGGCCUGGAGAAGGCCGCCAUGCAGUUCGCGUAUCACAACUUCAACGACCUCGUGGCCAGGAGCGAGGAGUUUCUCGACCAAGAGGUGGAGAACCUGUGCGAGCUGCUGUCGUCUGACAACCUCAACGUGCGCAAUGAGGAGCUGGUGUUCGAGGCGUCGUGUAAGUGGGUGCAUCACCGCGAACUGUCGAGGCGCCAGGAGAUGGGGCGGCUGCUGAAGACGGUGCGCAUGGGCUUCCUGACCAUCAAGUACGUGGUUGAGACCGUUAAGCCUCACUCCUACGUCCGCGAGAACGAGGAGGCCAAGAACCUGACGCUCGAGGUUCUCAAGUACUUGUGCAACCUCAAUGUUGACCCAAGGCAACAGGUCCAGCUUGAGCUGAGCUUUCCAUUGACCAGGCCGCGAGUGCCGCACGAAAUCUUAUUCGUGAUCGGUGGAUGGAGUGGCGGCUCACCGUGCAACAUAGUGGAGACCUAUGACACACGGGCGGACCGAUGGCUGGUGGCAGGGUCUGCGGACAGAGGACCUCGUGCUUAUCAUGCUUGCGUUGUAAUCGACGAAGUCAUUUACGUGGUGGGAGGGUUUGAUGGCAUAGAGUAUUUCAACAGCUGCCGCAAGUUCUACCCUUCAAAACUGCUCUGGACGGAAGCACCACCCAUGAACUCAAAAAGGUGCUAUGUCAGUGCCGUGGGGCUGAAAGGUAUGGUGUACGCGAUGGGUGGUUUUGACGGCCAUGUUCGCCUCAACACGGUAGAACGCCUCAAUCCAAACACCAAUCAGUGGAGCUACAUCCAACCCAUGAUGCAUCAGCGCAGUGACGCCAAGGCCACCGUUCUGGACGACAAGAUCUACAUCUGCGGCGGCUUCAAUGGCCAGGAGUGCCUGAACACGGCAGAGUACUACAAUCCGUCCACUAACCAUUGGACACUAAUCACCCCCAUGAGGAACAGACGGAGCGGGGUGGGAGUCAUCGCCUACAAUGGCAUGAUCUACGCGCUGGGUGGCUUCAACGGCAUCACGCGAAUGAACGGUGAGCGCUACUCUCCCGAGACCCGCUCCUGGACCACUAUCCCGGAGAUGUUCAGCCCGCGCAGCAACUUCGCCAUUGGCGUCAUCGACGACAUGCUGUUCGUCAUCGGUGGCUUCAAUGGCGUGACUACUAUCAGUCACGUUGAGUGUUACGACUCCCUGGCCGGCGAGUGUGGCGAAUGGUACGAUGCGGCGGAGCUCAGUCUGUACCGCAGUGCCUUGUCGGCAUGCGUAGUGGCCAACAUCCCCAACGUGCAACAGUUUGUCACCAUACCCUCCACGCCGGGAACCCUCACUCUCAACUCCACAGACAGCAACCUCAACAUGGGGAACGCGUCAUCGCCAGUGCCUUUAGAUGAUGUUCCACAGCAACAGAAUGUGAACAUACUCAAUCAACUGUCGUGAUUUUAGUUUUUGUAAUUGGGGUCUGCUCUGUUUACCAUAUAUAAUGAAGCUAGACCUCGAGUGGUGAUAGAUACCCUGAGGAAAAUACCUUCUCUAGGUGACCCUUGAAGCAAACCCAUUAUUCCCUUCAUUAAUUAACCUUGACCCCAAACCGGAAAAGGUCAGGGAGUAUCUCUAUUGAUCAGUAGUCAGAAAUGUGAUCGAAGUGAACUUCUCAAUAGGUGAGGGUUUAAUGCAGUGGGGAGAGGUAGGGUUAACUCCUUUAGUAGUCUCAAGAACGGGUCAGUGAUAGGAACGAUAUGACGUGUUUGCUCGCCAUCGCACGAUAAACAGUACAGAAUGAAAGUUGCAAAACUGAGCACAAAAGCGUCGGUAUCCGCCCUAGAUUCAUUCCUUUGUCAUUCUGUGAGAAUAUGACGGGUGUGUACACAACAACGUAUGCUAUCGAGCUACGCCGAAGAACGACAUCCGUUGAUGCCAUCUGAAGCAUGUUGUCAUUGAGAUGAAAAUUAAACCAAAUUAAAUUAAGUCAAGUGGAAUGAACGAAAGAGUGAGUGCAAUCAAGCUACUCAAGAUUUUGCCAGCAUGCGUUUGGCUGUGUGUGUGUGUGUGUGUGUGUUUUUUUUUGUUUCUUUUUUGUUCCUAGUUGUAUGAACAUCAUUGCGCAUUUUGUCUGAUCGUCAGUCUGCAAGAAAAUGCAAGUGAGUGCGUAUUAGAGUAACUGAAACAAUCUUGUGUAGUGUACCUUUGUGUGGCUUUAUGUACUCGCGAUUUUCUGCGACAUCCUUGAAUUGUACAAUAAACCGACCAAACCAUC